GUCACGGCCCUCUUUCCGCCAUCUUUCCGUGCUGCCACCAUGGUGCGCAUGAACGUGCUGGCCGAUGCCCUCAAGAGCAUCAACAAUGCCGAGAAGCCAGGCAAGCGCCAGGUGCUCAUCAGGCCGUGCUCCAAGGUCAUCGUGAGGUUCCUGACGGUGAUGAUGAAGCGCGGUUACAUUGGUGAAUUUGAAAUCAUCGAUGAUCACAGAGCUGGGAAAAUUGUCGUGAACCUAACAGGCAGGCUGAACAAGUGUGGUGUGAUCAGCCCCAGAUUUGACGUGCAGCUCAAAGAUCUAGAGAAGUGGCAGAACAAUCUACUCCCAUCCCGUCAGUUCGGUUUCAUUGUACUGACAACCUCAGCUGGCAUCAUGGACCAUGAAGAAGCGAGACGAAAACACACAGGAGGGAAAGUCCUGGGAUUCUUUUUCUAGGGAUGUAAUUCCUGAGUCAAUAAAUAGCCUCUAUGGAAAAAAAUAA